AUGAAUAAUUAACUUUACUACAAAUUACACACAAUUUCAAUUGUUUAUUUUCAUACUGAAAUAGGAAGCGAACGAAGAAACAUAUCAAAUAUACUGAUAUAGCGUGUCUUGAAAUUAACUAAACAAGUGAAAUAAAAUCGUCAUAAUUAAAAUGAUGAGAGACACAAAAGCUGUUGAUUCAGAGUCUGGAUUUUUACCAGUUUCUGGUAUGGAAGAUGGAGUUGUUGAUGGCGGAGAAAAUGUCCAGUAUCUCUUCCCAGGCGUUCAAGUCGUUGAAGUUAAAGAACUUCAUGUCACGAACCCACAACGAAAAGACUACGAUGUAUCCAGUUCAUUCAGUUCUAUGGGAAGUGAUGGAAGUGAUGGAAGUGAUGGAAGUGCAGAUUUCAAUGCAAAACUGGAAGAAUGCCAGGAAAGAGCAGCAUGGGGUGGCAAAUUAGAAUUUAUGUUGACAAUGAUUGGAUAUGCCGUCGGACUUGGAAAUGUUUGGCGAUUCCCAUACCUCUGCUACAAAAACGGUGGAGGUGCGUUUUUGUUGCCUUACUGCAUCAUGUUAGCUGUAGUUGGUUUGCCGUUGUUCUACAUGGAGCUGGCGCUAGGACAGUACGCUAGUCUAGGUCCAAUAACAAUAUGGAGAUUAAACCCUCUGAUGAAAGGUCUUGGCUAUUCAAUGGUUAUUGUGUCAUGGUUAAUCGGAUUAUAUUACAAUGUUGUUAUAGCGCACGUUCUGUAUUAUCUCUACUCUUCUUUUACUUCCGUGUUACCAUGGACAACGUGUGAUAAUGAUUGGAACACCAAGCACUGCCUUAUUCCCACCGACUCUCAAUAUAUGAGAAAUGAAACAAUCAAUGCAACUCUCGAGAAUACUACUACGAGUUCUCCCCAGCUCAACUUCACCAGAACUCCAAGCGAGGAAUACUACAGGUUUAAUGUACUUUCACAGAAUGACUCUAUAGAUGAGUUUGGAACCAUCCAAUGGCAUUUAGCGUUAUCUCUGUUUAUUGCUUGGCUCCUGGUGUUUUUAGUCUUAAUGAAAGGAAUCAAGUCUUUAGGAAAGGUUGUAUAUUUCACUGCCAUAUUCCCCUAUAUUAUGCUGACAGUUUUGUUUAUCCGGGGUGUUACCUUACCAGGAGCAGGCACUGGAAUUGCGUACUAUUUGAAACCCGACUUCGAACGUCUACUAGACCCACGUGUCUGGAGUGAUGCCGCAACACAGAUCUUCUACUCGCUGAGUGCCUGCUCAGGAGGAUUAAUUGCUAUGGCAAGCUACAACAAAUUCAACAACAACUGUUAUCGAGAUUCAUUAAUUGUAUGCUUUAUCAACUGUGGUACAAGUAUUUUUGCAGGUCUUGUCAUCUUUUCUGUUCUGGGUUUCAUGGCAUUAGAAAAAGGAGUAGGAAUAGAGGAUGUCGCUGAUGAUGGACCUGGAUUGGCUUUUGUUGUUUAUCCAGAAGCACUCUCCCGUAUGCCUGUUUCACCGAUGUGGGCAGUGUUUUUCUUCAUCAUGAUGGCUACUCUUGGCUUCGGUUCAGAGUUUUCAAUUAUUGAAUGCGUACUGAGUGCAAUAGGAGAUGAAUUCCCCAUUUUGAGAAAAGAAAGGAAAUACAAUAUUGCUUUCCGUGCAAUCUUUUGCUCUGUUGCAUUUUUACUGGGACUUCCAAUGAUAUGUAAUGGUGGUAUAUUCUUGUUGAACCUGGUAGAUUAUAGUGUAGGCGGAUUCCCACUGUUAGUUGUUGGUCUGGUGGAACUGAUUACUAUCAAUUGGGUCUAUGGUUACAGCAAGUUUGCAGACAAUAUAAACAUGAUGCUUGGCCAUCAACCUGGCAAAUACUGGUAUAUAUGUUGGAGAUAUGGAUCCGCGUUAGUCAUUGCUAUAACUAUAAUUAUGAACAUUGCUAUGUACAAAGAACCUGACCUUGAUGAUGUUCUGUAUCCAGAAUGGGCAAAAAGUCUAGGAUGGUUGAUUGCUAUGUUCCCUAUAGUUGUUAUACCAGCAUGGUUCCUAUAUAAAUACUGCCGAAUUGGAGGAUUUGAAUUGAUGAAGGAUGGGGUGAAACCAUUACCAACAUGGGGACCAAUCAGUAAAAGUAAACAGAGACAAUAUGCCGAUGUAGAAAUCAAUGUAGAUAAACGUCUAUCAAAUCCAGCAUUUGCUAGAUUAAUGGGAAGUAACAUGUCUAAUGCAACAACAGUAACCGAGUGCUCCCCGGCAUCAUCGACAUUGAACUUGAUCAGGAGCAAAAAUUUAAGUGAAUCAGAUGUUUGAUGACAGUUUUAUUUAGAAUGGACGUUAAACGGUUAUUCGGGUAUUUCAGAUACCAUCUGGACAUAUGGAAGUAUCGUUCAUGAUUGGAUAUAUACUGACACUGCCUGCAUGCAGCUCUGACACCGUCAAACUAAAGUGAUCUGUCUGUUAAAGUAAUUUGCGAUGCAGGUUCAGUAAUGUCAAAACCUGCAAUCAAAAAUUGAUUAGAUCUGAUUGUUUUCGGUUUUAAAAAUAAACUUGGGUAACUACUAAAGGACAAUUUAAUAUCAAUUUUUUUUAUUUGUUUUAUUUUAUAAAUUCAUUGUCUAGUACAGUUAUAAAGUUUUCUUCAGUUUUGAUUUUUAAAAGUGUAGUUAAAUAUGAAGCAGACUGAGAGAUGUUGCCACAAUUUCCUCUCGCUGAUGUUUAAGUUUAUAAGUAAAUAUAAUUAUAGGAAACGUUUAGGGUGUUUUCACAAGACGCGCACCUAUUGAUUGAGGAAAAUUCAUUUGGCAUUAACUAUUAUCCAUCAAAAGUUUCAAAAGUUGUCAUAAUUAGCUAUGGAGAUAUCUUUUAAAACAGUUGUUUUUGACCAUUAUCAUACUUUCAUUAUUGAGCAGGAUCUCAUUUGCCAUAGUGUGUUCUAUACAUAUAUACGUUUUGUGGUUUGUUAUUUAAGUAGUAUAUAUACUUUUAAAUAGCGAUGUUUUAGUUAUUGUUAAAAGUGAUAUGACAAAUAAUAGUAAAUGAGAAGA